CUCCUCUCCGGGCCACGGCGGUCACCUUCGCGGCUUCUGCUACAUGCUGGCGCUGCUGCUCACCGCCGCGCUCAUCUUCUUCGCCAUCUGGCACAUUAUUGCAUUUGAUGAACUGAAGACUGAUUACAAGAAUCCUAUAGACCAGUGUAAUACCCUGAAUCCUCUUGUACUUCCCGAGUACCUCAUCUGUGCUUUCUUCUGUGUCAUGUUUCUUUGUGCAGCAGAGUGGCUUACACUGGGUCUCAAUAUGCCCCUCUUGGCGUAUCCUAUUUGGAGGUAUAUGAGUAGACCAGUGAUGAGUGGACCAGGACUCUAUGACCCUACAACCAUCAUGAAUGCAGACAUUUUAGCGUAUUGUCAGAAAGAAGGCUGGUGAAAAUUAGCUUUUUAUCUUCUAGCAUUUUUUUACUACCUAUACGGCAUGAUCUAUGUUUUGGUGAGCUCUUAGAACAACACACAGAAGAAUUGGUCCAGUAAGUGCAUGCAAAAAGCCACCAAAUGAAGGGAUUCUAUCCAGCAAGAUCCUGUUUCCAAGAGUAGACUAUGGAAUCUGAUCAGUUACUUUAAAAAAUGACUCCUUAUUUUUUAAAUGUUUCCACAUUUUUUGCUUGUGGAAAGACUGUUUUCAUAUGUUAUACUCGG